AUGGCUUACAGUGCUCGUCGAGCUUCCAGCAUUCGUCGUUCAAUCUUCUUGGAGAACGAUGGGACUUUAACCGAGGAGCAGCUUCACCGUCGAGAGCUUCACAAAUUCAUAUUCUCAGUCGUAAAGAUUGCCAUCCUGCUUAUCAUAUGGGCAAUAUGUACGGUGUACAUUAUUCUAACGCCACCGCAUAAAUCUGAAGAGAUUAUUGUUCCCGUUCCUCCCAAUGCAAAGCAAGCGAUCAAAAUAGACGAAGAUCCACUUGGAGAUUCGGUCAGUGUAGUGCUGAAGGGCAACAUUGAUUUGAUAGCCACAAUGCAUUCGAAGUAUGCGCGCGACAAUCCGUCCGCCAUAGAAGUUGCCAUCGAAUUGUUUAAUGACAAGUCAAAUGAAAGCUCCUGGCAAUCCAGGGUGUGGAGAGUCUAUGUCGCUGAGGCGGACUCUACUGAAUUGAACACUGUGAAGAAGAGAUUCAAAUUGGACGAUGACCUCAAGAGAGCAUUCGUUAGCGAUCUGAUGAUGGACAAAGGCAUGCUGAUUCGUGCAUGGAGCAAUCCGGAUACGACAUUGCAGCUGACACUGCUAAGUCAUCAUUCAGAACCAUUGGGCAUGUCCAUCAAGAUCGAUGCGAAUCCUUUCAAUGAAAGUCUCAGUGUGUGGCUGGGAUUGUUGUUGCUGAUCAUGCUGUAUGUGCUGAUUGGUUUCGAUAUCACGGAUCGUACAUUUGCCGCCCUCAUGGCGGCAACCAGCGGUAUUGGAGUGCUCUGCAUAUUGGAGGAUCGUCCAUCGUUGCAGGAGAUCGUCCAGUGGAUCGAUAUGGAAACGUUGAUGCUGCUCUUUGGCAUGAUGAUCAUGGUGUCCAUCGUCUCGGAGACGGGUGCCUUUGACUAUCUGACCGUGUUUGCCUAUCAGCUGUCCAAGGGACACAUCUGGCGUCUGCUCUUCUAUUUGUAUAUGUUCACCGGCGUCCUGUCCGCCUUUCUCGACAAUGUGACAAUUGUGCUGCUCAUGGUGCCGGUGACGAUUCGUCUCUGCGAAAUGUUGGCCAUCAAUACGCUGGUUGUGCUCAUCUGCGUGGCGAUCUUCUCGAAUAUUGGCGGGACUCUGACUCCAGUGGGAGAUCCACCUAAUGUGAUCAUUGUGUCCAACUCGUUUAUUCACCAAUCGGGCAUCAACUUCGGCAACUUUGUGCUGCACGUUUUCCCCGGGGUGUUGGUUGCCAUGCUCCUUGGCUUCGUGUUGAUCUACUACAUGACACGGGAUAAGCUUAAAGACACUGGCGAUCAAUUGUUGCGUUCGAUCGCGGCACUCGAAAAGCAGGCGGAGAAUAGCAAGGACACGCAAUAUAGUCAUACCAUACAUAGGCACAUCGAGGUGUUGAGGGAGCGCCUGGAAAUGGAGAAAACGCAACAGCCAAAGAGUGAAGAACAUUUCGAGGAGACGCUUAAGCAUUUGAAGGAGCAUCAACGCAUUAAGGAUAUGCCGCUGCUCAUCAAAUGUUGCAUCGCCUUGGGCAUUGCGGUGUUCCUCUUCCUGCUCAGCUCGAUACCCGGCUUAAAGGGCAUCAUGUUAUCCUGGUCGGCCAUUCUAGCUGCUCUCCUGCUGCUCAUUUUGGCCAAUAGGUCGGAUGUGGACUCGAUCCUGGAGCGUGUCGAGUGGUCUACGUUGGUCUUUUUCGCUGCUCUCUUUGUGUUCAUGGAGAGUCUGGUGGUGAUGGGAUUGAUCGAUUGCAUCAAUGAUAUCACCACCGAUAUUAUCAUGGGUGUGGACGAGGAUUCACAGAUGGUUGUCAGCAUUUUAUUGGUGCUCUGGUUUAGUGCCUUGAGCUCCGCGUUUGUGGACAACAUUCCCAUAACGACGCUGAUGCUCAAACUUGUUAUCAAGUUGGGGACAAACAAGUCCCUUGGUUUAUCGCUGCAUCCCUUGAUCUGGUCGCUUGUCUAUGGCGCCUGCUUUGGCGGCAAUGGAACACUGAUUGGUGCCUCGGCCAAUGUGGUUACUUGCGGCAUAGCGAAGCAGCAUGGUUAUGACAUCAACUUUCGGCACUUUUUGUAUAUCGGUUUUCCUGUCAUGAUCUUUACCGUCCUUAUUGCCACAAUUUAUCUACUUAUUGCCCACUGUCUGUUCACCUGGCAUUAA